GCGGCCCGGCCCCGCUUCCCCGAACCGGGCGGCCGCUGCCAAGCCGGGGCCGCUUGCCCUGCCCUGCCCUUCGCUCCAGCCGCCCCGCCGCGGGGCGAGAUGGCCGCCCUGAGGGCACGCAGCCUGCGGGGCGCUCGCUGAGGGAUCCCUCCUUCCCUCCGAGGCGUUAGCGCCGGCCACGACCGCUUUACCUGGGCGAGCGGAGCCCGGGGCGACCCCCACGGGAAGCUUUCCGCCGUGGCGAGGGGGACCCGCCGCUCCAGGAAAUUCCUUGCGUCACUUACGAAAACUUACGAAGGCUCCUUUGGUGUUUUCCUGGGGCGCCAAAGCAAAGCGGAGGUCUGAGUUUGUCUUGAUAAAGUGACUGCCGUCUUCCUUCAAGGCAGUGAGGAGCUGUUAGCAGUGUCCUGUGAGCCUGCUCUGCCACCUGAGCCUGUCAAUAGGAACGUGACGUGAUUCUGAGAGGCUGUGUGAGGACACAUCCGCAGGCACAGGUGGAGGCCCUGCAGACAGGGAAGGAGCAGUUGAUCUCUGAUAUCUUGAGUCCUUGUGGUAGCAAAUGUCAAAAUUUCACCCUUGUUAAAGAACGUCUGGAGUAACUUAACUGUGGAUCCCUUUCCAUUGAUUUCAGUGAGGAUAGAAUUUCGGGCUAACCAAACAGAAUUCUGUGGAUACUGAAGCUCAAAACACGAUAUUGAUCUCUUUGCGAUGCUUGGACAUCUUUUACUAAGUACAGGAUUUUCAAAGGAAAUCCAGCAUGGCCUAGAUGGUUGACCUUUGGAAAACUUAUGAUGUCCUCUGGAACCAGUAUCAGAAAAAAACGGCAGGGUCUGAGCCUGCAAGGUGUUGACCCAGAAACAUGCAUGAUAGUGUUUAGAACACACUGGGCACAGGUUCUAAAAAUCUUAGAGAAGCAUGAUCCCUUGAAGAAUACUCAGGCGAAGUAUGGGGCAAUUUCACCUGAUGAAGCCAGCACUGUUCAGAAUUAUGUGGAACACAUGCUUUUCUUACUAAUUGAGGAGCAAGCAAAGGAUGCCUCAAUGGGGCCCAUUCUAGAGUUUGUGGUCUCAGAAAACAUAAUGGAGAAGCUUUUUCUUUGGAGCCUACGGCGAGAGUUCACUGAUGAGACAAAAAUUGAACAACUCAAAAUGUAUGAAAUGCUAGUAACCCAGUCUCAUCAGCCUUUGCUACAUCACAAGCCCAUCUUGAAGCCUUUGAUGAUGUUGCUGAGCUCCUGCUCAGGAACAGCCACUCCAACAGUGGAAACAGAAUUGGUUGUCCUCCUGAACCAGCUCUGCUCUAUAAUAGCCAAAGAUCCUUCCAUUCUAGAACUGUUUUUCCACACCAGCGAGGACCAAGGAGCUGCCAAUUUCCUCAUAUUUUCCCUUCUGAUUCCCUUCAUCCAUCGAGAAGGAACGGUAGGCCAACAGGCUCGUGAUGCGCUGCUCUUCAUAAUGUCCCUGUCUGCAGAAAACAAUGUUGUUGCAAACCACAUAGCAGAGAACACCUAUUUUUGCCCAGUGCUGGCAACAGGACUAAGUGGCCUCUAUUCAUCUUUGCCUACAAAGUUGGAAGAAAAAGGGGAAGAGUGGCACUGUCUACUGAAAGAUGACUGGCUGUUGUCACCAGCCCUUGUGCAAUUCAUGAAUUCUCUUGAAUUUUGCAAUGCUGUGAUACAGGUCGCACAUCCUUUGAUACGUAACCAGCUUGUGAAUUACAUUUACAAUGGAUUUUUGGUGCCAGUAAUGGCUCCUGCGCUCCAUAAGGUGACUGUGGAAGAAGUGAUGGCUACUACCGCAUACCUGGAUCUCUUCUUGCGUAGUGUUUCAGAGCCAGCCCUCCUCAAGAUUUUCCUCCGUUUUAUUUUGCUGCAUCGACAUGAGAAUGUGCACAUCCUAGAUACACUUACUAGCCGAAUCAACACGCCAUUCCGGCUCUGUGUGGUCUCCUUGGCACUGUUCAGAACGCUCAUUGGCUUGCAUUGUGAAGACGUGAUGUUGCAGCUAGUUUUAAGGUAUCUGAUCCCAUGUAACCACAUGAUGUUGAGCCAGCGGUGGGCAGUGAAAGAGAGAGACUGUUACUCUGUAUCUGCCGCAAAAUUGCUUGCCCUGACACCAGUCUGCUGCUCCACUGGGAUCACCUUGACUCUAGAAAGCCAGGGAAAAGAUUAUAUUCUCUGGACAAAAGCAGCACAAACUAAAGAUUCUGGUAGAGGCACUUCUGAAUCCACCUGCAUUGUGGAAUGUGGAAGAACUGUGGAUAUCAGCUACCUGCAGUACCUGGGGGAAGCUCAGGAAGCCAUCCUUCAGUGUCUGAAGGACUGUAAGGUUUGGUCUGCUUUAUAUGAUGGAGUAAACCCUGAUCCAGACACCUUUAUCCAAACGCUUGCUGAGGAGAACAAUACAGAUGUGGAACACCCCAUGUUUCGGCUCCAGCAAAGGACACCCAGCAUGUGUAGCUCCUCUCAAACAACUCCAUUUGGUGAGAAGAUGCAGCUUGAGCUAGAAUGGGAUGAUAGCUAUGACACAGGGAUUUCUCCUGGUUCUGAUGUGAGCUCGCCCCAUCCGUAUGAUGAUCUGGGAAGCACAGAGAUGCAGCCACCUAUAGAGCCACCAAAACACAUUCAGGAGAUGAAAAAAAAUGCUAUUAUGCUCAUCAAAGGAUCUUACAUAGAAGAAUCAGACUUUCAGGAUGAUGUUAUGGUUUACAGAUUAUGUGCCCAGAAAGAUACUCAAGAUGAUAACUCCAAGGAGAAAACUUUAAAUGUAGCCAAAGAACAUCAGGUUGAAAGCCAGGCUGUUGUCAACGGGCCUCUUGAAAACAGCCAGCUGGAAACGGACUUGGAUGAGCACAGUAAGAGAAAUUCAAGCUUGACUCAAGGUAUAAUGAAAGAACAUAUAAACCAGAAAAUGGCUGAGACUGAUCCACAGCCAGACUUGGAGUUGAAGCUUUCUCCUCAGGAGGCAGAUCAUAACUUAAGUGUAAGACUGCUGAGCACAGAUGGUGAGGAUUUCAUUGCACAGUAUGACAAAAUUAUUAAGGAACUGGAUCCAAAUAAUGCAAGCUUGGAGGAGGAAAAGUUGGACACUCCUGACCACGUGUCUCCUGCAGAAGAGGAGGAGGACUUUGAGAAUUUCUCAGCAGACACCCCUUCUGCAGAGAGUGUGUCGUCUCCCUUUGGACCUAAGGAGGAUCCCUCUCCCAAGCGUGCUACGAGGAGCCAGAGUGCUCCGUUUACAGGACCGUUUAUCAGCGUGGUGUUGUCGAAGCUGGAGAACAUGCUGGAGAAUUCCUUGCAUGUAAAUUUGCUGCUUAUUGGGAUUAUUACUCAGCUGGCAAGUUAUCCACAGCCUCUUCUUCGCUCCUUUCUGCUCAACACCAACAUGGUGUUUCAGCCUAGCGUGCGGUCACUUUAUCAGGUGCUGGCAUCUGUGAAAAAUAAAAUUGAACAUUUUGCUUCCAUUGAAAAAGACUUCCCAGGUCUUCUCCUGGAGGCCCAGCAGUACUUGCUUUUUCGCGUAGACAUGUCUGAUGCAGCUGAGGACUUGCUAACCAAAGGUAACGUCCAGCACGGCAGCAGCACAGGGAAAGGAAGGAACCUCUCCGAAGCUUCCCCGGCUGUACUCCAGCCUUUCCUGGGACAUAAAGGAAAAAGGGGCCUGGCUCAUCCCGGCCUUCCUGCGAACGUGAGGAAUGCUGUCCUGGCAGCUGCCCUUUUCCCAGAGUUCCUGAAGGAGCUGGCAGCUCUUGCACAGGAACACUCCGUUUUAUGUUACAAAAUACUGGGGGAUUUUGAGGAUUAUUAUUAGGAGGGUUUUUAAACAUGGUUUUAAAAUGCUUUUGGAGUUUAAACAGAUUUUUUUUAAUGCAAAGCUGCUUACAAAAGAAGGUUGUACUUCAAUAUUUCCUGAAAAUACUUGAUUUGGAGGGGGAAGAGAGAGGCAAAAUAUCAUUCCACAUUACCUUAUAUUGGGUCUCAUAAUUUCCCUCUGAGCUACAUAACUUUAGAGAUUCCUGAUACCGCUCUUACUGCAGCUUCCUAGUUCCUCUUCUCUUUAUGCAGCUGCACUUCUUCAGUGUCACUGAUUCCUGUUGAAUUUCUGCCAUAGGCACUUGUAGGUUGGCUAAGAGAGGCAAACGUUUUAGCUUUUUCUGCUCCAGAAAUAUUCUUCUCGAAAUCCUGUUAGACAGUGGUUUGUCUGGAAAAACAUAGCUCCAUGGACAAAGUUUGGGGUUAAAUCUGCACAAAAUCCCUUUCUGUGAGGGGCUGUGCUUCUCCAUGUCUCUGCCCUCCUCCCCCCUUCCUCUCCUGUUCCCUGUGAUGGGGUUCUUACCAGUCCACCUCUGAAAAGCCCUCUUUAACUGGUGGCUCAGGUUUGUGAAUUCAAGUGAUAUUAUGUGUGUUAAACCCAUGACUAGCUGAAAGCAGGUGCCGGACCCUACACAUACCGUGUUGCCUUAUGUUGCAGACAGAUCUGCAGCUAUCAGCUGUUGGUCUUUGAAGUCAAAUGAACUGUGUAAGUGGAUGUGGAUUGCAGACUGCCUGGAAUUUUCCUUGCAGUUUCUCAGCAUUCUUUGAUAACUACUGCAUUGCUACCUAAACUCUCAAGCAUGCCUUAUUUAGUAAGAUUUGCACAAAGUACAAAACAAAACGUGUCUAUGCAAGUGGUAAUUAAUUUGUAGUUUGUUUUUAUGCUUAUUUUAAUAAGCUAAGGAAAGGUAUUCAAUAUCUUUUGGUAGUAUUAAAAGGACAGCAGGCUGGUUUUGUCUUUUUUUUAAUGAAAAAGGUUGGCUUGCUCCAGAAAGCUGUUCUGUUUUAUUGUUCAUUUUUUUGGUUAAGGGAAAGUUGAAUGCUGUUUGUUUACUUUUAAUUAGGUGUUGACUUUUCCUAAUAUUGCACUUUCGGGAUAGUGAGGGGAGGACCAGACUAUUCACCAGCUGCAGGAAAGGAAGCAGUAACAGGGAAAGCUGUCUGCUGGUGACUAACUGCUCGAGAAAAUUCUCUUCUGUGAGUAAUGGGCUUCAUUAGAAGAACCCAAGCAUGAUGAAUUGGUGCAUCACCACUGCAUUCCAUCUUAUCUUAGUAGCAUAAUUGUGCUUCCACUCUGCUGUAGCUGGCUACAUAAGGGGGUGUUUAGUUCAAGAAAGCCUUAAACCCCCUUUUUCCAGGAAAGAAACUUAACAGCCUCUCCAGAAAACCUGAAGAACCAGAAAUCAGAAAUAACACUUGUGUGUGUUAGUUCUGCUCACUCUAAUUCAUUCCAUAAUACUGGGAUACUUCAGUUAAUCACAUCCCAAUUUCCAUACACACCUUCUCAGAGAUUGCUUGGGGAAAGCUUAUGAUAGUGAAGAACACUUGAUUAAAAACAAAACCACCCCAGAAGACCUGUAUUUAAUAAUUAAUUACAGGUCAAUUCUUGUGGACCUUGCUGUGCAAUUUAAGCUCCUAAAUCCUUUAGAUGCUUCUGAAAAAAUUGUUGUAGAUGAAAGGUACUAUGAGAAGCAUUCAUUGUCAGACUACUGUAGGCAAUUCUAACGAAAAAAAUCCCAAAGUGUACCUCUAACAAAAUCACCUCAAGAAUGAAUUUCCCUGGGUCUGUCUUUGCUUGUUUGCUGUACAGUCUUCAGUUCGACCAUGGCUGGGGGCCAUGUUGCUUCCUGGCUGAUUCUCUGGUUUGCUUUCACUUCUAACUUGUCUAUUUUUUUUAAGCACCGUUGCAUUGCCAUCCUGUAAAUCACCUUCUGACCUCCACGUGGCCCUGUUUCACUUCACAAGCUCCUGUGGAAGCUGAAGCCAAAGCUGUUUUUUUUUUUUUUUUUUUUUUUUUUUUCCUUAAAUCUCAGUUAUCCAGGCUUGGGAGAGCUCUUCCCUUCUCUUUCUUUUUUCCCCUGCAUUGCUGUUGUGAAUGAGAUGAGCUAAUUAAGAUACUUUAUGUCAUCCUGGGAAAUGGUGGGCUCUUCCUCCGCUCCUGCUAUUACCCAAAGUGCUGUCUUUCAUGCAGGCCUGGCCUGAAGGAGUUUGGUGGCAUUGUGUGUGGAGAGUGUUUCAGCAUUGUGGGUGUAGGGCAGGGCAUGCUGUGCUCCUCGCCUCUUCUGGUAGGAAUUUUGUGAGCAAAAGAAAUCAUACUGAAUAAACAUGAUCAGCUCACUUCUAGUGGUUCAGAAUCAUGUGCUAAAUUGCAAAAGUAAACCAAUAGUUUUUUAAAGGAGGAUUCCUUAAAAAAAAAAAGAAAAGGAAAAUCAAUUCUGCAGACCGGUGCUCAAGGCAGCGAGCUUACUAUGUGAACACUCCCUUCCCUUGUUUUUAUUCUGAAACAACAAUCUUUGCUGGGUAGGACUGAUUUCUUUUGAGAUUGUUAAUUUUAACUGUUGUUUUCAACAAACGUGCAAAGUCAUGGCACUGUUAAUCUCAGCAAGGCUAUUAAGCUACAUGGGGAUUUUAAAAUUUGGACUGCUCAAAAAAACACCUGUAAAUUUGAGAGAGGGGAGGAUUUUCCCUCCUGGAAGAGGAUAAAGUCAGCUGCAAGAGGAUAAAGACAGCCUUUGGAGUGAUAUGGAGGACUUCUUGCUGAAAGGUCACAACUGUUUGUACACAGUGUCCCCCUGUAAGAGGGAAACCUGUCUGUCGGCGCCCCAAAAGGAAGAGGUGGAUGACUGCAGUGACCCUGGCUCAGGGCCAUAAAAAUGACCAUUGUAUGUGUAACGUAUUUCUUGGUUCCUGAGCUGAGUCGGGCUUGCAGCUAUGACUCAGCUGUGACAGAAGUAUAAUGUCAGCACCCAGUGAAAAAAUAUUGGCAGGAAUUACAUCUUCCUGUCUUCAAAAUGCAGAACCUGUGAUUUAUCUUGAAAAUGUUGAUCCUUAGAGAUGAAUCACCUUUUUGUGCAUAAGUUCUUCAGCUAAAUGCUUGUUUAAUAAGCUCCUUCCCUCCAGUUAAUGUAUUAUCCCGUCUCUCACCACCGAGACAUCUUUUUUUCAAAACAACAAAAAAAAUAUUAAUAAAUUAUGCCUCUGGUCUAUGCAGUCCAGCUGGUACACCACUGGAGGACACAGUGUUAUGUUGCUCUUUCCAGGAGUGAAGUGUUCCAUGAUCCGGAUCUCCCCACGUUCACGUGUGUGUCACUGGAGUAGUCCCCUUCUGCACAUUGUCUCAGCAUUGGUCACGAAUGAAGUGCCCUGGGGUUGGCAGAUCUAUUCCAAAACCUGCAGGUGGUGGCUCAGUGAUACCAAAGCUAAUUUCCAGUCUCCUGUUACACGUUUCAAACUGUGAGUGCCACAUUUUCAAUGAUGCAGCCUUUCAGUGUGGUUUUAAGCUGUUCUGCUCUAGCAAGGAAUCUUUCCUGCUCUUUCAAUGUGUUAUUUUCUUGCAACCUACCUAUAAGGUGAACACUUUGUGUCUUAAAACAGUUGCAGUCAUUUUCUUUUACCUUUGACCUGUUUUGGAUGCCCUGUAGUUUAGGCUCAGCACACGCACAUGUGUUUCCUGUUAAUUGGGCUAAUGUACCCAGCAGCUUUCAUUCAAGACAGCAUCACCCUUUGCAUGUGCUGAUCUCUGAAUAUACACAUUAGUUGCAAUUCGUGUGCUCUGUUGUUGGCCCUGCUUAUAUUUGGCCUUUCCCCUGUGUGUCCUAAAUGAAAAUCUGGGAUUUUAAAGGAGACCAAGGGGUUUAUUGGCGUUGCAGUUCCAGACGUGAAAGAUGCACUGCCUUGUUUGUGCGGGUAACGUCUGGACUUCAUGCACUUGCCUUUCAGACUUGCUUUGAUGUUUUUAACAAGACUGGUAAAUUUCCUGGAAUGGAAGAAAACCCCAGUGAUUGGGGUGGGCUAGAGACAUGAGCAGGAGCCUUGCUUUUGAAUGGGAACAGAACUGGCAGACAGUAAGGCUGAGCGGUGUUUCUGCCACCAGCACAACUCUAAUUGCUCUUUGGCCCAGGCACGAUGCCUGAGUGGUCUGCACACUCCUUCUGAGAAAAACAUUUGCAAACAAACUUACAGCAUCCUGCCGAGUCCAAGGAUUUAGGUUCAAGAGGUUAAGUCCUAUUUACCAAGAGAAGCGGACCAUCUAGCACAGCGCACAAGCGUUCGCUCCCCUUUUGUGUGCUGUGCUUAUGCCUCGCAGAAGGUUUCAUGCUUCAGGAAGGUUUUUCAGCUCCUCUAGGAAGCUCUAAAAUCUCAGGGUUGGGAGGAAAAGGAUGGGAGCUGUGUGAUUUGGCGCGGUGAAAUUAUGUCAUUGUAUCAUUUAAAUUUGUAGCCACAGCUCCUGUUUGAGGGCAGCUUGAUUUAAUAAGCAAUUUACUGUGCUGUAUUUACUGAAAUUGCUAUGUCAUGCCUGCAGUUUUUAUGACAGCUCCUAUUAAGUUCGUAACAUUUAAACUGCACCUGCAGUUAUAAGAGAAUACUGGCAUUUUCUUCUUUCUUUUCUUUUGACUCCGAUGCCUCUGGCACAGUGCAGUAAUGUUGCUGCUGUGUCCAGAUCUGAUUUAGCUAAUUAUAGUAUGUUCUUCCUUGCACGUUUUGAACAUUUCCAGCAGAAACAGGGUACCUGACACCCAGGCUGCGCAGGCUAAUGAGCAAACCAAAGGUAAAACACUGCAGAUUAGCAGGGGGCACUUGCAUCUGUGUGAAAUGCAGCAAAAAUUUACAUUUGUGUUGUUCUCACUUAACAGGGACCAGAAAGAAAAAGCUUGUGGCAAACUUGAAAAAAUGGAUCCGACAGUAUCCUAUGGUAACUGUCCAGUUGGGUAGCGCUGCCCAGUAAUGUUUUGGACCAGAACUGUGUGAAGGAGAGUAAAAAUUGCUCCUUGGUAGUGUGGUGUCAGAUUUGCAUAAAUAGGUAUGCAGAUAAUAGGACAGCAGUGCCAGCUGUCAGACCGAAGGCAGCCACAAAAUGCAGCGCUACUUCGGUGACUUUGUUAGCUGUGAAAGCCCAACUCUGAGUAAAUGUACUUAAUUUUUCAGGGGCCCCCAGCUUUUCUGAACACGUUGUGGCCCUGCAUCAACAUACUUCAUUUGUUACAUGCUCAGUUGGAAGCCUCUUAUGUAUGAAUAGGAGCAUUACUUGUAUUCUUAAAUGUGUAGGUACUUAAGAGUGGCGUUUUGUUGCUGACUGUGCAAAUCUUCUUUUUGUUCAUUGAUUAUAAUGGUUCUUGUGUGGCAGCUGGAUUAAAUUAAGACUGAAGUCUCUGGGCUUAAAGCCCUGAUGGAACUUUUGUGCAAAGGCUGCAGUUCUCAACCAAAUAACUUUCUCUGGCGCUUCGGCAGAAUGCCUGCAUACAAUUAGGUAUUGUGGACUGAAUACCUGCAAACUUCCAGUUCCGAUGAAGCCAAUUCCACAGCAGCUGUAUUUUAUUGCAGUCUGCUUCAAAAGUAACUAGCUUGGAUUCAGACCAAAAAAAUAACGAGUUAAAUCCAGGACAGCUAAACUGCGUUUGGCUCAGCGCUGCUGUGGCAGCUUGGCCAGGGCUCGGACAAAAUGCCAUCCUGUCUGUCCUCUGAGGGCUGGGAGUGGUGCUGGAUCUUGGCACUCCCUGCUGCACCUUGAGCCGAGGCCUCGUGCUGCUCCAGGUGCUUCCCGGUGUCCAGGCGCCGCUUAGCGUCGGUCUUAAAACUCCAGCGUGGUAACAGCGGUGUCUGAGCGCCUCUAAGACCAGUCUGAAAAUACAAGCUUCAGGAAUGAGGAGGCAAAAUGUAACUUACUGGUGGUUAUGCCAGCGUCGUGGCUGUAGCUGCUUUCGGUAAUUGAAGCUGUGGUUGAUGUGGCAGUGUGUCAGGAGAGUUCUUGCUUUGGGCUUACAUGUAAUGGCUGUGAGUGGAGGGAGCGUUCCCCAGGGUGAAACUGUUGGCUCUCGAGUGCACUCGCUAGGACGGGCUUGUGGCAGCGCGAGCUCUGCAGCCCCAGCCCCGGGCUGUCCUCCAAAGGCUGCGGUGACGAGGCAGUGGAUGUGGCCCGGGGCACCUGGCUGCCCAUGUCGGGCACUCUUUGGGGGGAGAAGGCAUCACAUGAGAUGGAGUCACUUGGCGGCUGUAGGUUGGUCCUCAAACACAGGUGGAUAAAGGAAAGGACAGGAGGGUGAGGGCCCCUCUCAACCUGUGCAUACAAACAACCGUGAAAUGCCUGAAGGCCCCACAGGAGAUCUGGGGGCUGGGACUAAGUGCCCGUGAGGGCUGGCUCAGCGCUCAGUAGGACCACACACAACUGCAUUGCCCCCUGAACUGAACUCGCAUCUCUCUUGUCUCGUGGCAGCAGCCGGGCACUCCUGCUCCCCACUGAAUCUCUGCUGUAGUGCAGUUAAAUUCAGGCUGUAUGGCCAGACGUGGGCCGUGUGUUGGAGCACAGUCAGAAAAGCAGGAGCAUUGCUGGCGAUUCUGUGUUCCUCCUGCAGUGACCCCUAAUUACUGGUCUGGCUUGGCCCAGAGACUCUUCUGGUUGGAGUUUAAAUUUGCCAUCAUGAUGGGCAGAAAAACGCACAGCAAAUCACAGGCCUUGACAAAUUAGGAUUUGGGAUUUUAUUGCCUUCCUCACACUGUGUAGCAAUAUCAUUCUCUCUUUCUCUGUGUUUUAUAUGAAAGUUUGCCACAUCUUGUAGGGGAGCAGGGAAGAGACUUGCACCGAACAGCCAACCCAGUGCAGGCAAGCUCCUGAGCGACUGGAGGGAUAAAUCUUGACCUCCUGUCUGCAGCGGCUUGGUUUUAUGUGCCUGUUAUGUGAAACAUAAUACAACAAACUUUGGGGUAUUUGCAAACAGCAUUGCAAGGAAGAUGCAGGCAAUGAGGGCAAAAAGACCAGCGCACUGUUCUGCCUUCUAGAGAUUCUAGAGAAUCUAGAGAUUGUUGAGGGGAAAACCUAACUUGCUUAAGAGAAGAAAAGCCACUCUACAUGUCAAGCAUACACACAGGGCCAUAAAUUACUGAGAAAGUGCUGCUGAGGUCAGUGAUUGUGAGAGUGUGUAGGUAGAGGGGUGCUCAGAACAGAAACGAGAACAUUGCAGCGUGCUGACGCCAUGCCACAGGGUGGAGAGGGUCUGCAGUGAAAUUGCAGUGUGAAUACUCUAGCUGUAAAUUUUUAGUUAAGGCUCCUAUCAUAUGCUUCUAUUUUUAACACAGUUAAAAUUAAACUCUGCAGCCAAGGCUGAGCGCUAGAAAUUCUUUCUUCGCUACUUCAGCUUUGCCAGCAUCUUUUUUGUCAACUUUCUUCUCCUCUUGCACAGCCCCGGGUAUGGGAUACCUCAGCUAUAGGGGAUGGUAAGUAUCAUCUCUCCGCCUCAGGGGUGACCUCCUACGGGACUUUCAUCAAGGGUUAGAUGAGCUUGUCAUGACAGUGUCUGGUGUCAGCUUUUAAUUUGCGAGCAUUUUCCUCGUCCCUCUGUUCAUGGACGGCUACUGCUGAAAAUCUGCACGAACCUGUCCUUAACUCACCCUGCCUGACGCUGUUGCACAGAUGGCACCUGCACUCAGUAGCUCAGGGAGCCCUGUCGUGGCUAAGCAAGGCUUACCCGUUAGGGGCAAAGCCCCCACCUUAAUACUUGAGUUCCUAGCCUUGAUACAGCUGUGUUUAAAACAGCCUUCUGGUCUGCAGCACGUGCUGACACUGAACACUUGAGCGCCAGGUUCUGCAUUUUAUAUUGCUGGACCUACCUGUCCUCUGGUUUUGGGGGGUGGUUGCUUUUUUAUUAUUUAUUUAGUCUUUGCAAUAGCAGAUACUGAAUUCCUUGAGGCUACUUCUGUCUUUUAACGUGCUUUGCAGACUAUUGCUAUACAAAGCUAAGCCAAAGCUGCUCUUGUGCUCAGUAUAAAGUUUACUUCUGGGAUAUUUAGAAUUUGCCUUUAGCUCCAUUUAGGACGCAGUGAGGUGGUGGUGGUAUUUAGGCUGAUAUAUCAGGCCCUUGGCAGGCAUGAAUUUUGGUUGUAUGGGUUUGAUCAAGAUGGUGUUGCAUGACUGACGAGCCGUUUACUGCAGGCCGCCCUAGUCAGAACCACAUGAGCUGGCCAUGCUGAGCUUUCUUACCUCUAGCUCCUGCUGCCAGUUCUGACUGCUUCGAAGCUGAUAGCUGGUAUCUCCACGAAUGUUAAAAAGAUCCAUCAUCUUGAAUUCCUCUGACUCAAAAACACUUCUCUUCCUAUCAUAAAGAAAUUUACAUUUUGUGUGUGUCUGCAGAAGACUUGUUUAAAAAUUCAACAAGUUACUGGUUCUUAAUAUAGUUCAAAAUUUAUAGGCUGUGGCUGAUCUUUACCUUCCCUCAAAGAGAAAGAAUAUUAAAAUUAUCCCUUUCUAUCUUACUAGUUAUCCAUUGUGUCUGGCAGGUGGAGGUUAAAAAAUAGGUUGAGAUUUAGACUAAAUCCAAUUCAAGAUCUAAUGCUGUACUCAUAUAGAACUUGGCUCAUGAUUUUUAAUAGAUUUUGUACUGUAUUAGCAAAGUCUAAUUAUUUAGGAAAAGAGUGGCUAUGAAGUUAAAACCAUUGAAAAAAAAGACAUUUACCAGCAAUAGCCAUGCUACAGUAGUGGAGAGCCUUCCCUCUCUUAAAUACAGCUUAAUUAUUACUGUCCCAAAUACAGUGUUGUGCUUUUCACCUCUUUAUUUAUUUUUCAAGAGGCACCCACUACUGUAGAGGAUAAACUUAGCACAACAGUAUCAAGCUGUGCAACAAAAAGCAUUAACCUUGGAGGACAACCUUUUGGAAACAGUUGUGUUUUUUACACCCAGGAGUACCUUUAAAUUAGGAUUUGAGAUUCCACACAGAAGCCCUUGUGCCUUUUGGUUUCUUCCUGCCGUGGCAGGAGUUGAACAGACCUCCAGUUCUAAAAUGUAAAGUUUGCUGUAUAGUCUAAACCUUGUAUUAACUGAAAGCUUACCUGAAAACUUACACCACUGUGUAAGAGAAAAUGGUACUUCUUGCUCAUGCUAUGAAAACUGAUAGUAAAAGCCUUUGUGUGAUUGUCAGGCUACAAGAAAAUCCUGGUUUUGUGUUUUUGUAAGGGUCACGGUUUUUGAUUGCGACCAUGUUACUGCUUUUUGUCAGCUGUAUGACUUUUUAACUGUAAAGUUAUUUUUAUGUGAAUUCUGGGUAUACAUUUUAUUCAUUAAAUGUAUUUGA